ACUCACUGUGAAAACCACGAAUAAGACAUUCCGUAAAUUUUCAUUAGCUUCGAAUUGCAUUUCACACUCGUUUUACCUCUCAAACGAGCUUUCUUGAUGAAUCUUGCAGCUCAUACAUUCUCUGCUAGAUGGCAUUAAUGUCGAGAACCUCGACUGUGGCGUAGGCUAUUAGAUUUUGAAUCAGAGAAUCUGAAAGUUACUUCUAUGAAAAUGCAAGACAUUUUGUUAAGUCGAAAGGUGGAGUGCAAGAAAUCGACCUCGUCCACUCAAAGUUCAAAUAGAAAAAUUGAGUCUAUAUUCGCGCGUUGAAAAACACCCAUGACAAAACUGCCGGUACAGAAGUUUCUAUUCUAAAGAAGUUACCAUUCGAAAGAAGUAUGCCUAAAAAAUAAUCGCAAAAGGCUCGUCAAUCGUUUUCCUUACAUGACGCCCAGAGAUGAGUAGAGAGAUCCACAACGCUACGAUUUUAGGCGAUAUCAAAAGCAUGGCGAUAAAUCGUAGCGGUGAGGCCGGAAGAAGGAUUUUGUGAUCAUCGCCUCCAUCGAUAAUGCGAAUCCCGUCGUAGCCGAGUUUCGCGUGAACACGAACGCGUAACUUGGCGGGCAGAGGUACUCAUCUCUGGCAGCUGCUGGCAGAUUCACGAAGUGCGGUGCAUUUAUAUAUUUUUAUUUCAUGCCGAAUUCCGUCCUCGUCUUUACAACCUACGCCACUGGUGCUCCAAUCUAUGUUUCCUGCCCCAGUGAACAAUCGCCUUAGGCGAUUUUUGUGAGUACAGUCUUACAAAGUCAUACAGAAGUUUGUAUUUUUCCUAAAUUAUUUCAUGGAGUCGAAGAGACGACGGAAGCGACAAGAGUGAGGCAGUGAGGCAUGAAAAGAAGUCCUGCCAAUUUCGUCUAGAGGGUAAACUACGUGAAGAAAAGGCCAGAAGAGGCUUCCCUCGUGCCGCAAACUCAAGCUUGACAAAUAUCUUAGGCUGAUGCGAGUGUCCUGUAAACCCGAGUCUAAAGGAUCGGAAAUGAUCGUUCAGUAACCGGGCGUUACGUUCGGUUCGAUGGAAAUUUGGCGUCUCGCUCGAACACCGGGUGAUUGGCUUUGUAUAAGACGAUUUUCUCGUUUAGCUCGAUAUGGCCGUCGUCGAGGAAUUUGAUUACUUAUGUCGGUUGUGUGCAACCAAGACAGGCAUCCUGAUGGGCCUGCCUAUUUUCGAAGCCGGUGAUCAGAUGCGUAACAUUGACAAGAAAAUCGCUGCCUGUCUUCCCGUUCAGGUAUCGAUGACUGACCAGUUGCCAAAAGUUGUCUGCGAGGAAUGUGCAUACAAAUUGGAUCAGUUAUUUGAUUUUCGAGAGAAAUGUUUGCAUACCGAGGGUAUGUUCAUGAAAAUGCUUAAGGAAAUCAGUAAGGAUGAUGUUGUACACAUUGACCAUAAUCUUGAAGAAGUUGAUGACAUACCUGUCAUGCAAACAACCAUUAACACAAUGCAAUCAGAUAUCGAAGAGAUACAGAAUCAUGCCAGUAGAACACAACACGAUACUGGAGAAGCUGCUAUGCAUACUAUGCAAGUAAUGGAUGAAAUGGACUUGGCAGGUGGGGAGCAAGUUGUUACACAGGAAGAUAUUGCACAGCAGGAUGGUGACAUUGAGGUUACUGGCAUUGACUGUUUGGAUGGCGAUACUGUUCGGAUGGUCGAUGAGCAUAUUAGAGAAGUUUCAAAUCAUCAAAUUGCAAUGCACCUGGAAGGAGACAUGACUGUGGUGAGCAACCUGACAGUUGGCGAUCAUCUUGAUCAGUUGGGCAUAAACUAUGUAACUUCUAUCAGCCCUCAGGAUCAAAACAGGGAGCAGAUAGUUCACUACUGUGAAAAUGUUAAGUAUGAACCUGUGACGGUAAAAGAGGAAUACGAAAGGUUACAGGAGCGGUUAACCGUAGAUGCUCCAACACACGCUAUUGAAAAUAAUGUAACCACCGACGAGUUUCCUCCUUCGCACGCAGAAACAGACAGUGAAAUCGAAGAGUCGGGUGUCAGUGAAAACGAAACACACGAGAAUUCCGAUCCUCUACAUACAAACGCGUUGCCUUCCACAAGUCAAGUAACGACCGAAAGUUCAACAAUAAUGGUAGAGUACUCAAAGAGAACAAAACAUUCUUUACUUGACACAACCCUGAACAAUCCGACUAUAGAUGAAACCGGAGCAAACUGGUACGUCUGUCCAUUUUGUAAUGAAGCAGCAACAGAACCCAACAAUCUCGUGGUACAUUUUGAACAACAUUUUUGUUGUUGCCCAUGUGGACUGUACUUCACUAGCGUCGAAGUACUUAAUAUUCACAAGCAGCAGUGCGAUUUAUACAAGAGCAAGAGUAUCAUAAAGGAAGACAUGGUUGCUGAAACAGAUGCAAAUACAGUAGCGAACAACGUCAAUCAGGAGGAGCAGAAGAAGCAGCCGGCUGUGAGACAAAAAUGGACACCAAAAAUUUGUGCCCAGUGCGGCAAACAGUACAGAACCAAUUACAAACUCCAGGAACACAUGCGCAAACACACUGGGGAAAAGCCGUUCCAGUGUCUCCUCUGCGAGAAAGCAUUUCGUAGCAAGAUCGGAUUGGCCCAGCACACGGCGACGCACACAGGUCAGUUCGACUAUAAUUGCUCCACCUGUGGCAAAGGUUUCCAGUGCAAGAGUUAUCUGAUCGUCCAUCAGAGAGUGCACUCGGACCUAAAGCCGUAUCCGUGCAGCACGUGUGGUCAGAAUUUCAAAACGAAACAGUCGCUUCUGGACCACCAGAACAGACACCUAGGGGUGAAACCAUACAUGUGUGAGAUAUGCGGUCGUGGAUUCAUCACGAAAGGCCUUUGCAAGAGUCAUCAGAAGAUUCACUCGGGGAUGGACAACCGCCAGUAUCCUUGCGUCGUUUGUAACAAGAUGUUCGUCAGCAAGAGCUACCUGAAUACUCACCUCAGGAUUCACACGGGUGAGAAACCCUACCUCUGCGAAGUCUGCGGCAAGGGUUUCCUGACCCGCGUCGACCUCAAGAUACACUCGACGAUGCACACAGGCGAGAAAAGUUUCAAGUGCGAGAUGUGCGGAAAGGUGUUCGCGAGACGCGCUGCCCUGCGCUGUCAUAGACGUUCUCAUACAGGUGAGCGUCCUUACAGUUGCGACGUUUGCGGCAAAACGUUCACGCAAUUCAGCCCAAUGGCAAUUCACAAGCGGCUGCACACCGGCGAGCGUCCUUACGAAUGCGACGUAUGUGGCAAAUCCUUUGUCUCGAGGUCGACCAUGAUGUGUCAUCGGAAGAAGCAUCAUUUGCCAGCAACGUCCGUUCCCAAGGAGGUGAUGGUCGUUCAUGAGGACGCUGAGGUCACAAACAUCAUGUCCACGGAAAUUGUCCUUAGGGAAUCGCAUGAGGGCAUUCAGAUUACUGCCGAUUAAAAUUUUCUUUACCCGCUUUUAUGGGCGUUAUACUCACUGAGAGACGUAUUGACUGAUAAAGUAAUAAACGCUCGUUCAAGAGCGACGCGAGUGAAUUAUCGGAUACAAUCGUUCAUGAUGACCAUGGAUGAUUUUUAUAAUUUCUACAUCUGUUGACACUUCCGGAUUAAUCAGCUUGCACGAAUGUACAAUUUGAUUGAAUCCCCAUGUCUUUUUCGUUCUAUUCUACAAAGUAUCAAUUGCCAAUUGCCAGUUGUCAUCCUCGUCGUAAUCGAUUUUGAUUCGUUAUUCGCGUCGCUUCGAAUUGCUUUGAAAGUUCCACAGUCGACGUGCGAUUAAUUGGAUCAGAAUCAAUUUGGAUUACUAAUUCACGUUAAUCAACUUUGUGCUAGAUAAUUCGAAGCGUAGUGCUAUGCUCUUAAACUAAAAGAAAGCACAUAGAUAAUCAAAGUACCAUUUGAAAAGACAAUGUUUUUUGAUUUUUUUAAUAUAAAAAUCCAUAACUUUUUGUCCUCGCCCUUUUCUACUAGAUACUAGUGAAUUUGUAUUCGUCAAGAGUCGUAAUACUUGUAGCAAUAAUUCCUAUAUCCGAGAAAUAUUUCACAUCGAGCAACGUGUACUGGCGAAGAAUCUGGUUAUUAAAAAUUGAUAGCCAAGUAGACAUUCGUAUAUGAAAAAUUGCUUUUUCUUAAUUCUUUUUAAGAAAUUAUCAGUUCCGCCAUGUUUGAGUAUGUAUAGCGGGUGCAUGCAUGAAUUAUACAAAUUUUACAAGUAUUGAUUAUGACCAUACAAAUUUAAAAAAUUUUUUUAAUCAUUUCACAUUCAUAUGUGUAUCAGAGAAUGACGAAGUCUAUGAAAAAAUAAACAACGAUCCUCAAAGAUUGUUAGACUGCGUUAAACAAAACUAGUAUUUCCUUUUAAUCUCGCAGCACUCUACCAAAUGACAUCCCAUAAAACGUUUGAUCCAAUUACGUUAAUUGGCCAUUGGAUUCGACAAUUAGUUCUCCCUGGCUGCGAUGAAGUUUUUACAGCUAGAUUAUACUUAUACGAAAAUUUUGAAAUUCGCGCCAUUAUAAAAGCUUCUAUUACUGCUACCAAAGAUGCGUUCCGAUAUUCGUUCAAAAUGAUGUGAGAGCAUGGUUGUGUCGCACUCUAUCGCAUUCAGAUAAAACGGAACACAACGAUACUCGUAGCACUGGUAAUGAAUUUCAAAACGUACCCUAAGAAAGGUGAAAUAUUUUCUUAUAAAUAAAUAGCGUGUGGGAAGAGGGCGAGAGAAAGAAAAAAGAGAGGAUGUAUGCGUGAACGCGUGCAAUGCCUAUUUUGCUAAAGCAACGACGAUUGCAGGUUAUUAUUACGUCUUUAAUAAUGUAGAAAAUUCAAAAAAGAUAUUAUUUUCUCAUUUAAUUCAAAGAGCUAAGAAAAAUAUGCAACAGCCCAUCAGAGCCAUCUAACUCCUCGCUUUGAACCAAUCCCACAAGUUCCUUCAAAAUCCUUUCACUCGAAAAUCCACAUAAACCUUUUGCUUAUUAUGUCACUCGAGGAGAUAUCAAGAUUUGUAAGUAUUAUAUUUUUCACGUGAUACUACUAUACUAAUUAUGAAUUACAGUCAAUUGCCUAGAAUUCAAGAAUUUUUGAAAGAUACUGUUUUUCAAUAUAUCUAACCCGCCACUUGCUAGAUACCGAUCGCAAAUUUUAAAUAAAAUUCAUUGUAACCUCGUUAA